AUGGCUCGGCCAUACGUUUGCGUGCUGACUCUGGCGGCUUUGCUGCUGCUAGGUUUCGCCACCAUCUCCAGAUCGAAGUACCCGAGCGGCAAGGAGCGUCAGAGGGCGUCGCGAAUUCCUUCUCAGUUCAGCCAAGAGGAGCGCGUCGCAAUGAAGGAAGCGCUGAAAGGUGCCAUCCAGAUUCCAACAGUGUCUUUCGGCCCUGGGGAGUUCAACACAACAGCCCUCGCUGAGUUUGGAAAAUACGUUCGUAAAGCUUUUCCUGCUGUGUUCAAAACCAGCUUUAUCCAGCAUGAAGUCGUGGGAGAGUACAGCCACCUGUUCACCAUCCAAGGCUCAGAUCCCAGCUUGCAGCCUUACAUGUUGCUGGCUCACAUUGAUGUGGUACCUGCCUCUGACCAAGGCUGGGAGGUGCCCCCAUUCUCUGGAUUGGAACGUGAUGGCUUCAUCCAUGGUCGAGGCACACUGGACAACAAGAACUCUGUGAUGGCAAUCCUACAAGCUUUGGAGCUCCUGCUGGUCAGAAAGUACAUCCCCCGAAGAUCUUUUCUCAUUGCUCUGGGCCAUGAUGAGGAGGUGUCAGGGGCCAAUGGGGCUCAGAAGAUCUCAGCCCUGCUACAGGCAAGGGGCACCCAGAUUGCCUUCAUUGUGGAUGAGGGUGGCUUUAUCUUGGAUAAUUUCAUUCCCAACUUUAAGAAGCCCUUUGCCAUGGUUUCAGUCUCAGAGAAGGGUUCAAUUAAUCUCAUGCUGCAAGUAAACAUGACUCCAGGUCACUCUUCAGCUCCUCCGAAGGAAACAAGCAUUGGCAUCCUCGCAGCUGCUGUCAGCCGACUGGAGCAGACCCCAGUGCCGAACACAUCUGGAAAUGGGCCAUUGAAGAAGUUAUUGCAGCAACUGGCUAAUGAGUUUUCCUUCCCUACCAAUAUAGUGUUGAACAACCUGUGGCUAUUUUGGCCCCUUGUAAGCAGAUUAAUGGAGAGGAAUUACAUAAUGAAUGCGCUGGCCAGGACCACUACAGCAAUCACCAUGUUCAAUGCAGGGGUCAAGGAGAAUGUCAUCCCCUCGGUGGCCCAGGCCACAGUCAAUUUCCGGAUUCACCCUGCACAGACCGUUCAAGAGGUCCUUGAACUAGUCAAGAACAUUGUGGCUGAUGACCGGGUGCAGUUCCACGUCUUGAGUGCCUUUGAGCCCCUGCCUGUCAGCCCCUCUGAUGACCAGGCAAUGGGCUACCAGCUGCUCCGCCAGACCUUACAGUCAGUCUUCCCGGAAAUCAACAUUGUUGCCCCAGGUACUUGUAUUGCCAACACAGACAGCCGACACUAUGUGAACCUCACCACUGGCAUCUACCGGUUCAACCCCAUCUACCUGCAGCCUCAAGAUUUCCGUAGCAUUCAUGGAUUCAACGAGAAAAUCUCAGUCCAAGCCUAUGAGAACCAGGUGAAAUUCAUCUUUGAAUUUAUCCAAAAUGCUGACACAGAGCUGGAGCGGGCUUCUCACCAGCAUGAACUAUGAGGUCCAACUGAAUCGGGGGUGCCUCACCCUGGGCCAGGACUAACCCCAGGGGGAAACCAAUGUUGACAAAACGUUGAGUCAAAACCCAAAGUUGUAAUACACUCCCACCUAUCUUGGUCACUCCUAAACUCACCCAAAAACAAGGCCAAGGAAUCAGGGAGGCCCAGAAGGAAUCUUGCUUCUCCCUUCCUUCCAAUAUAUCCAUGCUCAACUGACCCGCUUUUUCUGCCUCUUGUCCCUGUCUUAGAAGGUAUCUGGUUUGUCUGUCGUAUGCUGGUUAUUUAACUGCUCCAGACCCCAGGCCUGACUCACCAAGUGCAGAUUUGGAAAACCUUAACCAGGUGUUACCUGCUGGAACUAUUUUAUGUAGGACACUCUUGCCAGGCUACCUUCUCUGAGGCUUAUAUAUUUCUUCUUGCUGUAACUUCCUUUCGCUUUUUCCCCCUCUCUUCUUGGAUUACAUAGCUGGCUCUUCAUCUCUCCUCUCCUGCCCCUGCAUCUCGCCCCCACCCUUCAAAUUAUUCUACAGGACUUAGUCAAAUGUGAUACCACCUUAAUUACCACAACAAUUGGUCAAAAAAAGUGAUCUAUGCAGCUUCAGCUGGUCACUGAGGGAUGAAACAGGCAACGGGCUUUGGAGGAACCCCAAACCUCUAGGUUCUAGAGCCUGGAGAACAGUCUCUGUCCUUAGGCUCCUACCAGGGGCUCCCUAGGCUUUGCUCCCUCCCUGCCCUUUCCUGCCAACUGUUGUUGCUGUCCCACCCCAGAAGGCACUAAUGUGUGGAAACAUUUCCGUGGCACCUCUUAUGGGCUCAGAUCUCCAGGGAAGGGCACUCAUGAUACAGUCUCUCAGAGAAGCCCAGGACCAACAGGGCCUUGGCCCUGGCAUCACGUCCUGGUUCAGACUUAUCAAAGGGAAGUGAAAGGCAUGGGGCAGAGGAGGGAACUGGCUUGAAGGCCUCUGCUGUGGCUUGUGGGGCAAGAGGAGGGGCAAGUUGCCUUCCCUCAGGAGACAGAUGGCAGACUCCUGUCUUUUCCUGGAAUCCAACUCUGAGCAUACUUGAAUCUGCUCAGUAGCUGCCAGGUGGGGGGCAUUGGAAAGGAGCAUUUCUUGGUUCAAGGCUGGGAGCUGUGCUUUGUGGAUCACAAGGGAGUUGAGGUCACGGAGAGAGACACAGAGGGAGCUAGGACUUGAGAGGCUUCCCCUUUCUUUGCUGACCAGACAAGGAUCUUCCAUGCCCUCCUGGGGUUUGACAGCAGUAGGCACCUUUUCCCUUCUCACAACCCUCGACCCCCUCCUGACCCCAGUUCAUUACCUCCCCCCUGUGGCUGUGAUCUAUUCCUUGGAGCUCAGGCUUAAUGAAAAGUGUUAGAAACACAGUGCUGGGAUUAUUUGAGCUUUUUUGCUACUGCCCCUAAAAUUCACAUUCCUUCCCUCACCUUCCCUUUUUUGGCCAAUUCAGUAUUUAUUCAGCCUUUGUUAAAGAGUGAGUUUAAGAACAAAAAGAAUCCUUCACAUUUAUACAGAGCGGUAACUGAGUGUUUCCAUACACCUAUCUCAUCGGAUUCCAACAAGAGCCCCGUGAAGAAGGUGCUGUUACCCCUUCUUACGGGGGAGGAAUGGGUUCUCAGAGAGGUUACACAUCUAUGUAGCUGGGGGUUAGACAUCUAACCCAUGUCACCUGGCCUCGAACUCACUCUUACUCCAUGAUCCUAAGUUAUUGAUGGAACCUACUUCCCAUUGAUUAUUUUAUUUAAUCCUGGCAAUAACUUUAAGGUAUUAUUGGCCCUAUAUUACAGAAGAAGCAGCUGGAGACUCAAAGGUUAAGUGUUUGUCCAAGGUCAUGCAGAUGUUAGGGGCAGAGUCUAUCUGAAUUCAAUGCCUAUGCUAAUUGUACGGAAGAGGAAACUGAGACUCACAGGAGUCAUUUGCCCAAGAUCACACAGUUCUUAGGUGACAGCACCAGAAUUCCAAAGCAGGUCAAAAAUCCCCAAGUUCAGUGCUUUUUCAAUUGCACUGCACUGUCUGCCCCAAGAACCUGUGGUGUGUGGCUCAUUCAUUCUGGUCCAGGGCAAUCUCAAAGACAAAGGCUGUUCUACUGUAGUUUUAGUUCUUAGCUCAAGCUGUCUAUGUUCUUCUGGCUGACCUCUCCCUUUGCCACCAUUUCUUACCACCCCCAGCUCAGCUCCUGGGUUCAGCAUUUCUCCCUUCUCUGAGUUUGGGGACAGCCAGGUCUCUAAAGAUCCAUGAGAUAACUGGGAAAAGAAUAAGCAGGGGACCUGGUCCCCAUCUGUUCUCACACUCUCUUCUAGCAUCAGAAAGGGUAGUCAUCUGAGUCCCAGAGUGGGAAAGAAGCGCCCUUGAGAGGGAGCUACUCCAAAUCCUGGCUCUGAGACCACAGACACGGCAGCCCCGUGGCCCUGGAGGCUUUUCUGGAGAGAGUGGCGGAAAGUGCUGGCCAGGCUAGGACAACAUGAGCCCUAAGACUCUGGGCAGGAUGGGGCAAGGGAUCUAGGACUUUCCUGAACCCCUACCGCCGUCCAUUUACUACUCCCCAAAUCUACCUUGGGGAACUCCAGAAGUUAAUCAAAGGUACACCCUAUACCGCCAUCAAGCACUUAGCUCAAGAUUCUUAUACUCACUCCCUAAGGUUGGAGGGAAAAAAAAAUAUUCAUAAGCAAAGAGAAUAAGAAAGAAAAGGAAUAAAGUUUGGCUGGAGUCCCUUGAUUUUGAACCUGGGUUGCUAAAAAAACUUGACAUUCUAGAUCCAGUAUUAU